AUGUUUAUUUGUUUGGUGGAACUGAAAAAUGGGGAGACAUACAAUGGUCACUUGGUUAACUGCGACACUUGGAUGAACAUCCAUCUCCGUGAAGUUAUCUGUACCUCAAAGGACGGAGAUAGGUUUUGGAGGAUGCCAGAGUGCUAUGUUAGGGGCAACACAAUCAAGUAUCUCAGAGUUCCGGAUGAGGUGAUUGAUAAAGUUCAAGAAGAGACAAAAAGCCGUUCUGACAGAAGGCCACCUGGAGUAGGGCGUGGAAGAGGAAGAGGUGGGAGAGAAGAAGGCCCUAAACCAAAAGGUGUGGGCCGUGGUUUGGAGGAUGGAGGAGGCCGGGGUGCAGGUGCUGCUCGAGGCAGGGGUGGAGUUGGAGGAAGAGCUGCUGGAAACAGAGGCGGUGGUCGAGGAGGCCGAUGAAAUUACAAGAUUCACUAUAAGUCUGAAGGGGUGUGUGUGGUCGUACUAUUUUUUUAGACCACUUGCUAUUUGGGGAUGAAACAUUCGACUUUCGACCAUAUUAGAUCUUGUUACAUGUUCAAUUUCUCCAACGUGCUGUUAUUAGUUGGACCUUCCUGACCAAUUCUAUGUUAAUCCGAGUAUUCCCAGCCUGAGUGUGAAUUUCUAAUAUUCUGCGGUAUAUUUGAUAAAUGGUGCGUCCCAACUUUUUUUAAUUAAGUUCUUAAUCUUCUGGCGAACAGAUUAAUUUACAAUAACUAAUAAUCAAAUACUGUAGUAUUUGAUUCGUUUAUCUA